UUCUAGUUCAAUUUUCCUUUUAAGCUUUGCCCUGCAUCUCGCGAAAACAAUUUCAUUUUCCUUUUCUGCUGCAGAGAGAUUCUCAGCGCUCAGCUUAAACGAUUCAAUUCUUCUCCUAGGGUUUCGGCGACGUUGUAUUCUAUGGGGGCGUCCGAGGAUUUGGUAACAAAGUCGACUGAGACGGCGCCAGUGACAACCAUCGUCAAUCUGGAUAAAGAGCCGAAGAUAGCCGGAGUUAAGGCUCCUACUCAUGCUUUACUCAGUAUCUGCAAGUCUCUCGUCGCCGGUGGCGUUGCUGGAGGAGUAUCUCGUACUGCAGUUGCACCUUUGGAGCGUCUAAAGAUUCUUCUCCAGGUUCAGAAUCCUCAUAGUAUAAAAUACAAUGGAACAAUUCAAGGUUUGAAAUAUAUAUGGAGAACUGAGGGUUUUCGUGGACUAUUUAAAGGCAAUGGCACUAAUUGUGCCCGCAUAGUCCCCAACUCAGCAGUCAAGUUCUUUAGCUAUGAGGAAGCAUCUAAGGGAAUUCUAUUACUUUAUCAGCGGCAAAGUGGAAAGGAAGAUGCUGAGCUUACACCUCUGCUACGGCUUGGAGCCGGAGCUUGUGCUGGAAUCAUUGCCAUGUCAGCAACCUAUCCAAUGGAUUUGGUGCGAGGGCGCAUUACAGUCCAGACAGAAUCAUCUCCUCGCCACUAUAGAGGAAUUUUUCACGCUCUAUCAACUGUUUUUCGCGAAGAAGGUCCACGUGCUUUAUACAAAGGAUGGCUCCCUUCCGUCAUAGGAGUUAUACCCUAUGUGGGCCUCAACUUUGCGGUUUAUGAAUCUCUGAAGGACUGGUUGAUCAAAGCUAGACCAUUCGGACUAGUUGAGGAGUCUGAGUUGAGCGUCACAACAAAGCUUGCAUGUGGAGCAGCUGCUGGUACGGUUGGCCAGACCGUUGCUUAUCCUCUAGAUGUCAUCCGAAGAAGGAUGCAGAUGGUCGGUUGGAAAGGAGCUGCAUCAGUCGUAACAGGCGGGGAUGGAAUGGAAAAAGUUGCACCACUGGAAUAUAAGGGUAUGAUUGAUGCUUUCCGAAAGACAGUUCAAUACGAGGGCAUUGGUGCUUUAUACAAAGGAUUGGUUCCCAAUUCUGUUAAGGUGGUACCAUCUAUUGCAAUUGCAUUUGUUACAUAUGAGAUGGCGAAAGAUGUUCUUGGAGUGGAGGUUAAGAUAUCUGAUUGAGCCAUUUAGAGAAUGAUGUAUAUAUUGUAUUGGGAAGAGCAAGCAGUCUGGACUGGAAUUAAAAUGAGUAGCCUAAUAAAAGAAAGAAAGAAAGAAAGGGAUAAAUUUUCAAUGAAUUGAAUACUUGGAUGCAAAUUCAUUCAUUCUUCUUCAAAUCUCUUGAUUA